AUGGAAAUGCAGAAAGGAACCGAGCUUUGUUUUCCAGAUUUCCUCAACACUUCCUGCAGGAAGCCAACACUUCACUGGUCCAAAGCUGUGCUGUUGAACAUUGUGCUGUCCUGCAUCUCUUUGAUCACUUCUGCUCUAAACCUUCUUGUCAUCAUCUCAGUCUCCCACUUCAGGCAGCUUCACACACCCACUAACAUCCUGCUCCUCUCUCUGGCUGUCUCAGACUUUCUUGUGGGUCUUCUGUUGAUGCCAUUAGAAAUCUUUAGGAGCACAGCCUGCUGGGUACUUGGUGAUCUUAUGUGUUCUGUUUAUUGGUGUCUGACCGGCAACAUUAUCUGUGCUUCAAUAGGGAACAUAGUUCUUAUAUCAAUUGACCGCUAUGUGGCUAUUUGUGACCCUUUGCAUUACCCCACCAGAAUGACUGUGGCAAGAGUCAGAGUCUGUGUUUGUCUGUGUUGGUUUUUUGCUAUUUUCUACAGCAGUCUCUAUACAACAGACUUCCUAAUUGACCCAGGCAGGUAUAAUUCUUGCUAUGGAGAGUGUGUGUUUGUCAUCAGUGCCAUUGCAGGCAUUUUUGACCUUGUUGUAUCUUUUUUUGUUUCAGUUACUGUUAUCAUAGUUCUGUAUAUGAGAGUAUUUGUGGUGGCUGUGUCUCAGGCUCGUGCCAUGCGCUCUCAUGUAACAACUGUCACACUUCAGCGUUCACUAAACCAAACAAACAAAUCUGAGCUGAAAGCAGCCAGGACUCUUGGAAUUCUUGUAGUUGUGUUUCUACUUUGUUUCUGCCCGUAUUACUGUGUCUCUCUUGUAAGAGAUGAAAAUAGCUCAAUUGCCUCCACAGUUAUAAGUGUGUUUUUUUUAAACUCCUGUUUAAACCCUUUGAUCUAUGCUAUGUUCUACCCUUGGUUUAGAAAAGCUGUGAAACUAACUGUCACUCUACAGAUCCUCCGGACUGGCUCCUGUGAGGUCAACAUACUGUAG